GGAGGGGGGAGAGGCAGCAAAACAAGACGCCCACGCAAGCCCAGGACCUGCUGCGGCUGCCCAGCCGGCGCGGCCGCGCGGGCGCCGCAGCCGCGGCAGGCGGCGGCGCCGAGGACCUUGACGACGUGGACCCGGUCCUCGGCAUGCGCAUGCCGAGCACCACGUUCGGGGAGCAGAUCAGCGAGGUCCAGCAGCUGAUCCGGGAGCGCGGGGCGCGCGAGAAGGUGGCGAGCGCGGACGCCGACGUGAUGCCGCGGAAGAGCACCAGGAGGGAGCGGUCACGCCUUGAGGAGGAGGCCACCCCCGCUGGCUUCCCCGAGAAGGAUCAGGCCUUCGGUGCCGGCCUCCAGGACGACGGCGCGGAGGACGAGCUGGUGAGGCGCGCGCGCGGCUCCGCGCGGGCCAAGAAGGAGAAGCGCCUGGCCAGCCAGCUCGCGGAGGAGAAGGAGCGCAUCGCACGCCAGGACCACCCGGAGGAAGUCCUGGAUGGGCGCCGCGGCACCAGCAAGCGGAUCCUGCAGAACCGCGGCCUGAUCCGGCAGCGCAAGAAGCAGGCGGGCAACGCGCGGGUGGCCAACCGCACGAAGUACGAAAAGGCCGUGAAGCGGCGCAAGGGCGCCGUGCAGGAGAUGCGGGAGGGGGCGGCCGACGGCGCCACGUACGCCGGCGAGGAGACGGGCAUCCGGACCCACCUCAAGAAGUCGCAGCGGCUCGCGUAGGCGGAGGAGGAGGAGGGGGG